AUGGGUCUCAGAUCAUGUUCUAGGAUAUAUGCGAAUCAUGUUUAUCUAGUUUCAGUGACUAAUCAUCACAUUACCACUACCACCCCAUUUCACCCUCAUUGGCGCCUAUCAUGUUCCUUAUUACAUUCCACCAUAUCCAAUGGUUCACCACCACUAGGUACCCUUCAUGCCCUCUUCGUCAAGAAUGGCUCUCUUCAAAAUUGGAACUCAGCUAACCAUCUUUUAACUCUCUAUGUCAAAUCCAACAACAUGGGCCAUGGCCAGAAGCUGUUCGAUGAAAUUCCCCACAAAAACACUCACACAUGGACCAUCCUUAUAUCGGGUUUUGCCAGAGCCGGCUCUUCAGAAAUGGUCUUUAACCUUUUCAGAGAAAUGCAGGCAAAGGGUGCUUGUCCAAACCAAUACACCUUGUCCAGUGUCUUCAAGUGUUGUUCGCUCGACAGCAACCUUCAAUUGGGCAAGGGAGUUCACGCAUGGAUGCUCAGAAAUGGAGUUGAUGUAGAUGUUGUGCUGGGGAAUUCUGUUCUUGAUCUUUACUUGAAAUGCAAGGCUUUUCAAUACGCGGAAAGGUUGUUUGAGUUGAUGGAUGAGGGGGAUGUCGUGUCAAGGAAUAUAAUGAUCGGUGCAUAUCUGCGUGUCGGAGAUGUGAAGAAAUCUCUUGACAUGUUCAGGAGCUUGCCUUAUAAGGAUGUUGUGAGUUGGAAUACGAUCGUGGAUGGGUUGAUGCAAUGUGGUUAUGAAAGACGGGCAUUGGAGCAACUCUAUUGUAUGGUGGAGUAUGGGACUGAGUUUUCUCCUGUUUCUUUCUCCAUAGCUCUUAUUUUGGCUUCCUCUUUAUCACAUGUGGAGCUAGGGAGACAACUCCAUGGUAUGGUCUUAAAAUGUGGCUUUGAUAGUGAUGGUUUCAUAAGGAGUUCACUUGUAGAAAUGUAUUCUAAGUGUGGGAAAAUGGAUAAGGCAUCUAUAAUUAUCAGAGAUGUUCCUCUGGAUUUUCGAGGAAAAGGGAAUGUUGGAGUUACUUGCAAGGAACCAAAGGCAGCAAUAGUUUCAUGGGGUUCAAUGGUUUCUGGUUAUGUUUGGAAUGGGAAGUAUGAAGAUGGUUUGAAAGCUUUCAGGUUAAUAGUUCGUGAACUGGUUGUAGUGGAUAUUCGAACUGUUACGACUGUUAUUUCUGCUUGUGCGAAUGCUGGAAUUUUGGAAUUUGGAAGGCAUAUACAUGCUUACGUUCAAAAAAUUGGGCACAGAAUCGAUGCUUAUGUUGGUUCUUCAUUAAUUGAUAUGUAUUCUAAAUGUGGUAGCUUGGAUGAUGCAUGGAUGAUUUUCAGACAAAUCAAUGAACCAAACGUUUUCUUGUGGACUUCCAUGAUAUCUGGUUGCGCGCUACAGGGUCAAGGAAGGCAGGCAAUUAGUCUUUUUGAACAAAUGUUGAAUCAGGGUAUUAUGCCAAAUGAGGUUACUUUUCUAGGGGUUUUAAAUGCAUGCAGCCAUGCUGGGCUGCUUGACGAAGGUUGUAGAUAUUUUAGGAUGAUGAAAGAUACCUAUUGCAUCAAUCCCGGAGUUGAACACUGCACUUCUAUGGUUGAUCUUUAUGGUCGAGCAGGUUGCUUAACUGAGACAAAGAACUUCAUUUUUGAAAAUGGUAUAUCUCACUUGACUUCUGUGUGGAAAUCACUUUUAUCAUCUUGUCGACUUCAUAAAAAUGUUGAAAUGGGAAAGUGGGUUUCUGAUAUGCUGCUUCAAGUUGCAUCAUCAGAUCCAGGAGCCUACGUUUUGCUAUCGAAUAUGUGUGCUUCUAACCAUAGAUGGGACGAGGCUGCAAGGGUAAGAAGUUUAAUGCAUGAAAGAGGAGUCAAGAAGCAGCCAGGUCAAUCUUGGAUUCAACUGAAGGAUGAAGUUCACACUUUUGUCAUGGGAGAUAGGUCUCACCAUCAAGACAAGGAGAUAUAUUCAUAUCUGGAUACUUGA